AGCACCAGCGCUAUGGCUGCCCAGGGAGAGCCCCAAGUCCAGUUCAAGCUGGUGCUGGUUGGCGACGGCGGCACCGGCAAGACCACGUUCGUGAAGCGUCACCUGACGGGUGAAUUCGAGAAGAAGUAUGUAGCCACUCUGGGCGUGGAGGUCCACCCCCUCGUGUUCCACACCAACAGGGGCCCCAUCAAGUUCAACGUGUGGGACACCGCCGGCCAGGAGAAGUUCGGCGGGCUCCGGGACGGCUACUACAUCCAAGCCCAGUGUGCCAUUAUAAUGUUUGACGUAACGUCAAGGGUUACUUACAAGAAUGUGCCUAACUGGCAUAGAGAUCUGGUACGAGUGUGUGAGAACAUCCCCAUUGUGCUCUGUGGCAAUAAAGUGGAUAUUAAGGACAGAAAAGUUAAGGCAAAAUCUAUCGUCUUCCACCGAAAGAAGAACCUUCAGUACUAUGACAUUUCUGCCAAAAGUAACUACAAUUUUGAGAAGCCGUUCCUGUGGCUUGCUAGAAAACUAAUUGGAGACCCUAACCUGGAGUUUGUCGCCAUGCCUGCUCUUGCCCCCCCAGAGGUGGUCAUGGAUCCAGCUCUGGCAGCACAGUACGAGCACGAUCUAGAGGUUGCUCAGACGACCGCGCUCCCGGAUGAGGAUGAUGACCUGUGAGAAGUGCAGCUGGA